UUCUAGUACUGUUAGCUGCUGCGUAUACUAUGUUACUAACACUUUCGAGAAACGAGUGCACAUGUUAUUUGACCUUUCUGCUGGACAUUGGCAUUCUGUGUCAUCCUACUCAAAAUCUCUCUGCACCUCUUCUGCUUCUAAUUUUGCUGUGAUCUUGUAUCUUUGCUUCAUAGUGUAGCAGCAAUAUUGCAAUGAUGUAUUAAGAUAAUUGAUGUAACCAUCUUUGAUUCGGAGAUAAUUAAAAAAUAUUAUGACUAAAUCGUUUUACUAAAAAUUUUCUAAUGGAAAUAAUUUGCAAUUUUGUCUAACCUUCCUUUCUCUAUGAUCAGAUUGAACAAAAGUUACUUGAUGAUUAUGUGUCCACUGACUGCAAGCUGUUAUUUAUAUUCCCUUCUCUCAAUGUAAAGUAUAAGAUUGUUGCUAUUGUCCACUCUUGGUGGACCUGCUUGUGCUCUUUGAUAAUGUAUCUAGCUGAAGGCAAUUGAUAUGAAUAUGAUGGUGGCCAGCUAACAGUAAUGGAUUGCACUGCACUUUAGUUAGUAAAUAGUUCAACGUUUUAAAAUUUUUCAGCUAUUUUGUGAUAACUAUUUCUAUAUAAUAUAUGGCACACCAGCUGCGUUCUCUGGUGGUUGUCUUUGUCUAUUCCCCUUCUCCCUGUCAAACUAUGUCACUCUGUAUAUAGUUAUUCACUUAAUUAGAGUUUGUGAUUUAUUUAUAUCUUGAUGUGUAGAGGUGGAAUGAUGCUUCCAAUUUUGGUUUUUCUACUGUAAAUGCAGUUAUUGAUGUGUAAACACACUUAAGUAAUCUGGUUUUUGAUGCAGGAUAACUGUCCUAUCUCAAUUUGGAUUUUCUACAUGUAUCAAAAGCAAACAUCCUUAUCUGCUGUCGGUGGACUUUGUUAGUUCUACAUGCCGCAUGUCAAUUUUGAAGAUUUGCCUUUGUUCCAGAAGGGUGGCUGUCUUGUUAUACAUACGAUAUCUUACAGGAUAUUGGUUUUCUUACCAAAAAGACAGAAGGAGAGAAAAUUAUAGAAAAUAAAAGGUUUUGUGGGAGUGGAAACACUUCAUAUUGUCUGGAAUAUAGGAAAUUUAGAAUUGAUCAAAUCAAGGAAGACCAUUUGUUACAACAAAUUCUAAUGCUCUGGUGUAUGGGAUUGAUGGAUAUUCUAUGUUCUUUCAUACUUCUCUUCCCAGUUGUUGAGUCCACUAGCAGAUUAGGGACUUUAUGGCCUCUAAACGUAGGUGUGGAGUCUACAGGAACUAUGAGCUGGACAGUCUUCAGUUCAAGUAUAUUUGUGCUUGUAGCUCUUAUUCUCUCCAUGUAUCUAAUAUUCGAGCAUUUAGCUGCUUAUAAUCAGCCUGAGGAGCAGAAGUUUUUGAUUGGUCUCAUUUUAAUGGUGCCUGUUUAUGCCUUGGAAUCGUUUUUGUCACUAUUGGAUUCCAGUGCAGCUUUUAACUGUGAAGCUAUGCGGGACUGCUAUGAGGCUUUUGCAUUAUAUUGCUUUGAAAGAUACUUGAUAGCUUGCUUAGGUGGUGAGGAAAAAACAAUUCAAUUUAUGGAAAGUAUGAGCCUGACAGAGUCCAGUACUCCGCUUCUGAAAGAAUCAUAUGCAUAUGGAGUUGUGGAACAUCCAUUCCCCUUAAAUUGCUUGUUAAGAGAUUGGUAUCUUGGCCCUGACUUCUAUCAAUCUGUGAAAAUUGGCAUUGUACAAUAUAUGAUACUGAAAAUGAUCUGUGCAUUGCUGGCAAUGAUCCUCCAGUCUUUUGGGGUUUAUGGAGAGGGGAAGUUUGAAUGGAAAUAUGGGUAUCCAUACUUGGCAUGCAUUCUCAAUUUUAGUCAGACAUGGGCCCUGUAUUGUCUUGUCCAGUUCUAUUCUGUCACUAAAGAUAAAUUGGAGCCAAUCAAACCAUUGGCAAAAUUUCUAACUUUUAAGUCAAUAAUCUUCCUGACAUGGUGGCAAGGUGUGGCUGUUGCAUUUCUUUUUUCCAUGGGAGCAUUUAAAGGGUCAUUGGCUCAAGAGCUGAAAACACGCAUACAAGACUAUAUCAUCUGUAUAGAGAUGGGCGUUGCUGCUGUUGUGCACCUUUAUGUCUUUCCUGCAGUACCUUACAAAAGAGGAGAGAGGUGUGUCCGUAAUGUAGCAGUGAUGGCAGACUAUGCCUCACUAGGGACACCCCCUGAUCCUGCUGAGGUUCGAGACUCUGAAUGCACUACUAGAAUGCGGUUGGGUCGACAAGAGAGAGAGAGGCGUAUGAAAUUUACCCAUAAUGUUCGUGAUGUAGUCUUAGGAAGUGGUGAAAUCUUUCACAUGUGGUAGAACCUGUUGAAAGGGGUAUUGCAAAGAUAAACAAAACCUUCCACCAGAUAUCAGAAAAUGUGAAACGUCAUGAUGAGGAGCGGAGGAGAAACACCAAGGUCAAGGAUGAUAGUUACCUUGUUCCCCUGCGUUCAUGGAACACGGAAUUUUCUGAUGUUCAUGAUAGUCUUGUGGAAGGAAGUGCAAGUGAUGGGGAUUUGCCCAGCGGAAAGAGCCAAUCCAAAGCGUCAACAUCCAGGAUGAGAAGAUAGCAUUUUAAAAAUUUAACAACCUUUAGUGUUGCACAUACGAGUUAGAAAAAUACCAGUAGAUUGUGACGUGAAAUUGUAAUCCAAUUGGACAUUGUUUGGUGAGCGUUAUAAAAAAUUGUAUAAAUUAUGUUCCUCCAUCAGCUAAUGAAAGAGGCACUCGCCGGUAGAUGGCUGACAUCAAUUCCCACGGUUAUAUCAAGGGUGAGACUGACGGAUUUCGUCUAAUGUUUGUUGCAAAUUCAUGGCCAAAAACCUGUAGUAAUGGAUUGAAAAAAAGCCACAUUUUCAGCCUACAAGAGGCAAUUUUGAGUGCAUAAAAGAUCCACAUUUUG